CCGGCAGCCCUCGGAGUCAGGAGCACGGAGCUCCAACCGCCUGAGCCACCAGGCCAGCCCCCACUUAGCAUACUAUUUUGAGUUCACCCAUGUAGUAGUAGGUAUGCCUGAAUAACAUUCCAUGGUAUGGAUGGACCACCUUUCGUUCAGUGUUUUCUAUUUGCUAGUUAAUGUCCAAUUCUUCAGACUUGACUGAAGAAUGUGCAGUGCAGACCCUCACAGGUACCCAGGGCUCCCACCUCCCAACUCAGCACAACCCAGAACCUCUCUGUGCCCAGGUGGGGGUUUGGGGGUGGGAGUGUCCUAGGCACUGAGGAGGUGAGGAGGAGCAGAGGCCUCACCACAUGUGAUCCAAGGUUCCAGUUCCCUCUGUGGGGCUCCUCGUCCCAGCAGACUUCAUUUACAAAACACAAAUUCAAAGAUGAAAUUACUAAGAAUUUCAAAAUGGCAAUCUCAGAGACUUGAACCCUGGGCACGAGGCCCUCCUGGGCCUGGGGCGCGGUGCAAUGGCCCCGCUUCUCACUGUGGAGCUGGGAGCCUUGUGUUGGACUGUAGAUCCGGCCUGGAGACAGGCAGGAUGCUGCGUGCCCUUGGGAGUCUGGGAGCAGGGUGCUGACUUUGGGGGUCACGGCGGGGGUGAGGCCCCUGAAGGCAGCAGUUGGAAGUCUACUCUCCUGGUAGCCUCCAGCUGCUGCAUCAAGUAGCUGUUUGCGCCGCAAGUGAAUGAAUCAAUGAAUGGCCUCUACACCCUGCUCCCCUAUUUCCCCCAAGAGCCCGCUCCUGGGAACGCCCUCCCCCUGAGGCGGACCCAGGAUGGCCUGUAUUCUUUCUCUGCCACUUUCAUCUGAAAGGAGAAGUCAGAGGAGGAGUUCUUCUGUGAUAUUUGUGGUUCCCGAGGUUCCUCUUCUGUGGGUGGUCACUGUCCCUUCCAGAAGCUUCCUCUUGGAGUUUCCUUCCGAAACAGACAGACAAGUCCAGAAGCGGGACAGUCAGAAGACAGGCCGAGCCCCUGGGACCCUGGAGAUGCUGCGGCUGCUGCUGCCCCUGCUGUGGACAGGGUCCCUGCAAAAGGAUCUAGAGUACGAGCUGCACGUGCAGGAAUCAGUGACGGUGCAGGAGGGCCUGUGUGUCUUCGUGCCCUGCUCUGUGUCCUACCCCUGGGCUGACUGGCAGGACCGUACUCCAGCUCAUGGCUACUGGUUCCAGAAAAAACAUAAUUCCAAAAAAGAUAUUCUCGUGGCCACAAACAACCACACUGAGAAAGUACUAAAGAAGAUCAAGCCUCGAUUCUACCUCCUUGGAGACCCUGGAGCUAAAAACUGCUCUCUGAGCAUCACAGAUGCCCAGAAGAGAGACAGUGGAAAGUACUAUUUCCAGCUGGAGAGAGGUCACGUGAACCACACUUACCAAAGUGACCUGCUCACUGUGGACGUGACAGCGCUGACACAGACCCCGGACAUCCACGUCAAGGAGCCCCUGCAGUCCGGCCGCCGCAGCCACCUGACAUGCGCCAUGCCAGGGGCCUGUGACGGGGCGAUGCCCUUCACCAUCUCCUGGACAGGGGCAGCCGUCAGACCGCUGGGACUGGACUCAGUGGAUAACUCCUCAGAGAUCCUGCUCACGCCCCGCCCGCAGGACCACGGCACCAACCUCACCUGUCGGGUAACCUUCCCCAGGACGGGUGCGCGCACAGAGAGGACCCUCACGCUCAACGUGUCCUACGCUCCACAGAACCUGGCCAUCAGCAUCUUCCGAGGAAACUGCACAGAAAUGAAAUACACAGGGAACGGCUCCUCUCUUCCAGUCCGGGAAGGGGACUCUCUCCGCCUGGUCUGUGUCGCUGACAGCAACCCUCCUGCCACACUGAGCUGGGCCCAGGGGAGCCAGACCCUGAGCCCCUCCCAGCCCUCAGACCCCGGGGUUCUGGAGCUGCCCCGGGUGGAGUCAGUGCAUGAAGGCGAAUUUACCUGCAAAGCUCAGCACCCACAGGGCUCCCUGAGCAUCUCCCUCCAUCUCUCUGUGCACUACCCCCCACAGCUGCUGGGACCCUCCUGCUCCUGGGAGGAGGAGGGUCUGCACUGCAGCUGCUCCUCCCGAGCCCAGCCAGCCCCCUCCGUGCACUGGCAGCUGGGGGAGAGGCUGCUGGAGGGGGACUUCAGUAACACCUCCUUCAAGGUCACCUUCAGCUCAGGGGAUCCCUGGGCCAACAGCUCCCUGAGCCUCAGCGAGGGACUCAGCUCCAGCCUCAGACUCAGCUGCGAGGCUGGGAAUGUCCACGGGACCCAGAGCGCCACUGUCCUGCUGAUGCCAGGGAACCCCAAGCCUGGCGGAAGAUUCCUUCUGGGGGCUGGCUGGGGAGCUGGUGUCGCUGGCCUGCUCAGUCUCUCUGUCUACUUCUUGUUCAGGGUGAAGACUUGCAGGAAGAAGGCACCCUCCACGCCAGGUCCCAGCUCCUGGGGUCGCCAACAUGAGUGUCCACUGAGCAGCCCCCUCCCCCCUCCUCCCCCACCUGUGGCCGCCCCCACCUCAGGGGAGGAGCAUGAGCUCCAUUACGCCUCCCUCAGAUUCCAGGCCACCAGCGCCGCCACCAGCACCACCGAGUAUGCAGAAAUCAAGCUCUGCAAAGGACAAAACCAACUCCGCUGACCCAGGGUUUCUCAGGAAAGAGACAUCAGGGACAUGUAUACAGGAGUCCCACUGGUGUGUUGAUGGGCAGAACUGGGCUCAAAUUUCAGUCCUGUCACCAAUUAUCAGCAUGACUUUGAGCAAGUCUCUUUACUUCUCAGUCUCCUCUCUGUCACAUGGACACAAUCAACUGAACUUACAGGGCUGUUGUGGGGCAUCAAGGUGGCACUUCACGGAAAGCAUCUAAUGGACUCAUGCACAGAGCACCGCGCACGAGGUCAUGUAUCUUCCCAGGGCAGGCCACCGGGAAUAAGGGUCUGGCCAUCCUGGCCCAAAUGGGGACCACUCUGCAGGGCUGUUCUAGCUCCGGCGCUUCCUGAAGGCCUGGAUAAGGCUGGCACUGGCUGGCACUGCAGUUCAGUUCUCCCUCUGCCCCACCUGUCCCCUUCCCCGCCCCUCCACAGGGACCAUCCGUGGGGCACGUACCUCUGCACACUGGUCUCUCUCAGAGCCUGCCUCCUGGAAACCCAAUUGUAUAUUCUACCACACACACAAAAAAUCCUUCACUGAUUAUCU